GCUUCGAGGCGUCGGCCCUUCCCGUCCGGUCGAUGGGCGCCCUGUGAGACUGGUCCCCCUAGCUGGGGGCGCGUGUGGGAGGAGGCGACCGAUUGACCGGGAGCCCCCGGCCGGCCCUCCCUCUCCUUCCUCGGCCCCUCCCACUCUCUUCGGCUGUGGGGCUGCCACCGCUCGGGAGUCCGCGCCCGUCCGUUCCUCGCGUUGCCGCCGCCCCCGGGGCCUAGCCCGCCCAGCUCGGGAAGCGGCGGCGGCGGGGAGCUGGAGCCGCCGCCGCAUCCGCCGCAUCCGCUUCGACUUGGUGCCGGCCCCUUGCCCUGCCCCUCAUGACUGCGGCGCCUCCGCUGCUCCAGCCUUCCCGGCCGUCUCUCGCCGCAGGAUGGAUGCGGACCGUGAGGCGCUAACCCCCGUGGCUCAGCUCCUCGAUCGCCCUCCGACGAGCCCGCCUCGUGAGCCUUAUCAGCCGCCGCAACUGGGCCCAGGGGCCCGCGUCUCCUUCGGGGCGGCUCGUCAGUGCUGAGUGAGGAGCCGGCCGUCCAGGUGGAUCCGAACCCGCCGGCGGCGGGAGCCGUCGCAGCGGGACCCGCACACCGCCGCCGCUCCUCGGGCUCGGCCCCUCGCCUUCUCUUCCUUGACGAGUUCGAACCCGCUCGCCUCGCUCCAGCGGACCGACCAUGUCUGGCGGCGCCUCAGAGAAGCAGAGCAGCACUCCGAGCUCCUUGUUCCUUUCGCCGCCGGCGCCUUCCCCCAAGAAUGGCUCCAGCUCCGAUUCCUCGGUGGGGGAGAAACUGGGCAGCGCGGGGCCCGACGCCGGAACUGGCCGGACAGAGGAGUACCGGCGUCGCCGCCACACUAUGGACAAGGACAGCCGUGGCGCGGCCGCCACCACUACCACCACUGAGCACCGCUUCUUCCGCCGCAGCGUCAUCUGCGACUCCAACGCCACUGCGCUGGAACUGCCCGGCCUUCCCCUUUCUCUCCCCCAGCCCGCCGUCUCCACGGCGGCUCCGCAGAGCACCCCGCCGGAGCCCCACCGCGAGGAGACCUUGACCGCCACCGCCGCUGCCCAGGUAGCCCAGCUGCCUCCCGCCGCUGCCGCCCCCGGGGAGCCAGCCGGCGCGGGCGCUGUAGCCGCGACCGCCCCCAGCAGUACCGGCAGAGACCGCCAAGUUUCCCAGCCCAACCAUGUGGGGAGCAAAGAGGAGCCUCCGUCGGCCAGAAGUGGCAGCGGCGGCGGCGGCAGCGCCAAGGAACCACAGGAGGAACGGAGCCAGCAACAGGAUGACAUCGAAGAGCUGGAGACCAAGGCCGUGGGAAUGUCCAACGAUGGCCGCUUUCUCAAAUUCGACAUCGAGAUUGGCCGAGGCUCCUUUAAGACCGUCUACAAAGGUCUCGACACUGAAACUACUGUGGAGGUCGCCUGGUGUGAACUGCAGGAUCGAAAAUUAACAAAGUCUGAGAGGCAGAGAUUUAAAGAAGAGGCAGAAAUGUUAAAGGGCCUUCAGCAUCCCAAUAUUGUUCGAUUCUAUGAUUCCUGGGAGUCCACAGUAAAAGGGAAGAAGUGCAUUGUUUUGGUGACUGAACUAAUGACAUCUGGAACACUUAAAACGUAUCUGAAAAGGUUUAAGGUGAUGAAGAUCAAAGUUCUAAGAAGCUGGUGCCGUCAGAUCCUAAAAGGACUUCAGUUUCUUCAUACCCGAACUCCGCCUAUUAUUCACCGAGAUCUUAAGUGUGACAACAUCUUUAUCACUGGCCCUACAGGCUCAGUCAAGAUUGGAGACCUAGGUCUGGCAACCCUGAAGCGGGCUUCUUUUGCCAAGAGUGUGAUAGGUACCCCAGAGUUCAUGGCCCCUGAGAUGUAUGAGGAAAAAUAUGAUGAAUCUGUUGAUGUUUAUGCUUUUGGGAUGUGCAUGCUUGAGAUGGCCACAUCUGAAUACCCUUACUCAGAGUGCCAAAAUGCUGCGCAGAUCUACCGUCGAGUGACCAGUGGAGUGAAGCCUGCCAGUUUUGACAAAGUAGCAAUUCCUGAAGUGAAGGAAAUUAUUGAAGGAUGCAUAAGGCAAAACAAAGAUGAAAGAUAUUCUAUCAAAGACCUUUUGAACCAUGCCUUCUUCCAGGAGGAAACAGGGGUACGGGUAGAAUUAGCAGAAGAAGAUGAUGGAGAAAAGAUAGCCAUUAAAUUAUGGCUACGUAUUGAAGAUAUUAAGAAACUAAAGGGAAAAUACAAAGACAAUGAAGCUAUUGAGUUUUCCUUUGACUUGGAAAGAGAUGUGCCGGAAGACGUUGCUCAAGAAAUGGUAGAGUCUGGGUAUGUCUGUGAAGGUGAUCACAAGACCAUGGCAAAAGCCAUCAAAGAUAGAGUAUCAUUAAUUAAGAGAAAACGAGAACAGCGGCAGUUGGUACGGGAGGAACAAGAAAAAAGAAAGCAGGAAGAGAUCAAUCAGAAACACCAGGUAGAACAACAAUCAAGUACUUCCCAGGCAGCAGUCAAACAGACCCCAUCUGCUAGUACUGGCAUGCCUCCUGCUUCUACCACAUCAGCUUCAGUUUCUACACAAGUAGAACCUGAAGAACCUGAGGCAGAUCAACAUCAACAACUACAGUACCAACAAACUAGUAUAUCUGUGUUAUCUGACGGGACGGUUGACAGUGGUCAAGGAUCUUCUGUCUUCACAGAAUCUCGAGUGAGCAGCCAACAGACAGUUUCAUAUGGGUCCCAACAUGAACAGGCACAUUCUACUGGCACAAUCCCAGGGCAUACAGCUUCUGUUGUCCAAGCACAAUCUCAGCCUCAUGGGGUAUAUCCAUCCUCAAGUAUGGCACAGGGGCAAAGCCAGGGUCAACCAUCCUCAAGUAGCCUAACAGGGGUUCCAUCUUCCCUGCCCAUACAACAUUCUCAGCAGCAGCAGGGAGUACAGCAGACUGCCCCUCCUCAACAGACAGUGCAGUAUUCACUUCCACAGACAUCAACCUCCAGUGAGGCCACUACUGCACAGCCAGUCAGUCAGUCUCAGACUCCACAGGUCUUGCCUCAAGUAUCAUCUGGAAAACAGCUUCCAGUUUCCCAGCCAGUACCAGCUAUCCAAGGCGAACCUCAGAUCCCAGUUGCGACACAACCCUCAGUUGUUCCAGUCCACUCUGGUGCUCAUUUCCUCCCUCUGGGACAGCCACUCUCUACUUCCUUACACCCCCAGUAUCCUGUCUCUCAAAUUCCCAUAUCAACUCCUCAUGUGUCUGCGGCUCAGACAGGUUUCUCAUCCCUUCCCGUUACAAUGGCAGCUGGCGUUAAUCAGCCUCUGCUCACCUUGGCCUCAUCUGCUACGGCAGCUGCGAUCCCAGGGGGACCAACUGCGGUUCCUAGUCAGCUUCCAACCCUUCUGCAGCCUGUGACUCAGCUGCCAAGUCAGGUUCACCCACAGCUCCUGCAACCAGCAGUUCAGUCCAUGGGAAUACCAGCUAACCUUGGACAAGCUGCUGAGGUUCCACUUCCCUCUGGAGAUGUUCUGUACCAGGGCUUCCCACCUCGACUGCCACCACAAUACCCAGGAGAUUCAAAUAUUGCUCCCACUUCCAGCGUGGCUUCUAUUUGCAUCCCUUCUACAGUCCUAUCCCCUCCCAUGCCGACAGAAGCACUGGCUACACCGGGUUACUUUCCUACAGUGGUGCAGCCUUUUGUGGAAUCAAACCUUUUGGUUCCUGUGGGCAGUAUAGGAGGACAGGUUCAAGUGUCUCAGCCAGCAGUGAGUUUAGCACAACAAGCCCCCACUACAUCCUCCCAGCAAGCAGCUCUGGAGAGUACUCAGGGAGUCUCUCAAGUUGCUCCUCCAGAGCCACUUCCAGUGGCACAGUCACAACCUACCACUUUGGUCUCUUCUAUAGACAGUGCACAUUCAGAUGUUGCUUCAGGAAUGAGUGAUGGCAAUGAGAAUGUCCCAUCAUCCAGUGGAAGGCAUGAAGGGAGAACUACAAAACGGCAUUAUCGAAAAUCUGUAAGAAGUCGCUCUCGUCAUGAAAAGUCCUCACGUCCAAAAUUGAGAAUUUUGAAUGUUUCAAAUAAAGGGGACCGGGUAGUAGAAUGUCAGUUAGAGACUCAUAAUCGGAAAAUGGUUACAUUCAAAUUCGAUUUAGAUGGUGACAAUCCUGAGGAGAUAGCAACAAUUAUGGUGAACAAUGACUUUAUCUUAGCAAUAGAGAGAGAAUCCUUUGUGGAUCAAGUACGAGAAAUUAUUGAAAAAGCUGAUGAAAUGCUCAGCGAGGACGUCAGUGUGGAACCAGAGGGUGACCAGGGAUUGGAGAGUCUACAGGGAAAGGAUGACUAUGGCUUUGCAGGUUCUCAAAAAUUGGAAGGAGAAUUCAAACAACCAAUUCCUGCAUCUUCUAUGCCACAGCAAAUAGGCAUUCCUACCAGUUCUUUAACUCAAGUUGUUCAUUCUGCUGGAAGACGGUUUAUAGUGAGUCCUGUGCCAGAAAGCCGAUUACGAGAAUCAAAACUUUUCACUGGUGAAAUAUCAGAUACGGUUGCUGCCUCAACAUCCCAUGGCGCUGGAAUGAACUUGUCUCAUUCUGCUUCAUCCCUUAGCCUACAACAGGCGUUUUCUGAACUCAGACAUGCCCAAAUGACAGAAGGGCCCAAUACAGCACCUCCCAACUUCAGUCAUACAGGACCAACAUUUCCAGUAGUACCUCCUUCCAUGAGUAGCAUUGCUGCAGUCCCAACCACAGCAGCAGCCACACCUUCAAUAUCAGCCCCUGCAACUAGCAGCCCUCUUAAUGACAUGUCCACAUCAGUAAUUCAGUCUGAGAUUCCAGUGCCCACUGAAAAAGGGAUUGGUGGAGUUGCCACCUGCACAGGUGUGAUACCGUCAAGUGGUCUCCCUGUACCUCCUAUAUCUGAAUCACCAGUAUUUUCCACUGUGGUUUCAAGCGUUACAAUACCUACAGUUGUCUCAAUAUCAACAACAUCCCAGCCAGUUCAGGCUUCUACAUCUGGGAGUGUUGUUUCUAGCAUAGGCACUUUGCCAUCUAUACCAGUUUCAACGUUAGCCUCUGCUGCGGGCAGUGCUGCUGUCUCAGGUGCUAAGCCUCCACCUGUAGUAUCUCAGCAAGCGACAGGCAGUACUUCUGGGGUAGCCACGUUAACAUCCAUUGCUGCCACCACUCCAUUCCCGAGCAUAGCUUCCCAGCUGCCUCUUCAGCUGAGCAGCAGCACCUCUGCUCCUACUCUAGCUGAAACAGUGGUGGUUAGUGCACACUCACUAGAUAAAACAUCUCAUAGCAGUACAACUGGAUUGGCUUUGUCCCUGUCUGCAUCAUCAUCUUCCUCCCCUGGAGCAGGAUUAUCUAGUUCUGUUUCUCAGCCUGGUGGGGUGCAUCCUUUGGUCACCCCAUCAGCUAUAGCUUCUACUCCUGUCCUUCCUCAAGCAGCAGGACCUACUUCUACACCUUUAUUACCCCAAGUACCUAGUAUCCCACCUUUGGUACAACCUGUUGCCAGUGUGCCUGCUGUGCAGCAGACACUAAUUCAUAGUCAGCCUCAACCAGCUUUACUUCCCAACCAGCCCCACACUCACUGUCCUGAAAUAGAUGCUGACUCACAGCCCAAGGCUCCUGGAAUUGAUGACAUAAAGACUCUAGAGGAAAAGCUGCGGUCUCUCUUUAGUGAACACAGCUCAUCUGGAGCCCAACAUGCAUCUGUCUCACUGGAGACAUCACUGGUAGUAGAGACCACUGUCGCACCAGGCAUCCCAACCACUGCUGUUGCACCAAGCAAGCUCAUGACUUCUACUACAAGUACAUGCUUACCACCAACAAGUUUGCCAUUAGGGACAACUUGUUUGUCAGUUAUACCAGUGGUCACACCUGGACAAGUUUCCACCCCAGUCAGCUAUGUGUCCGCCCCAGUCAGCACUACAUCAGGAGUGAAAGCUGGAACUGCUCCAUCAAAGCCACCUUUAACUAAAGCUCCAGUGCUGCCAGUGGGUACUGAACUUCCAGCUGGUACUCCACCCAGCGAGCAGCUGCCACCUUUUCCAGGACCUUCACUAACUCAGUCCCAGCAACCUCUGGAAGAUCUUGAUGCUCAAUUGAGAAGAACACUUAGUCCAGAGACUGUUGUGGGGACAUGUACAGUUGGGCCUGUGUCCAUGGUGGCUCCAGCAGCAGUUACAGAAGCAGGAACACCGCCUCAGAAGGAUGUUUCUCAAAUCACAGAAGGUCCUGUUCUAGGAACUAGUUCAGGAACUGGUGUUUUUAAGAUGGGACGAUUCCAGGUUUCAGUUGCAAUGGAUGAUGUCCAAAAAGAGGGUAAAAAUAAGUCAGAAGAUGCAAAGUCUGUUCAUUUUGAGUCUAGCACUUCAGAGUCCUCAGUACUAUCAAGUAGUAGUCCAGAAAGUACCCUGGUGAAGACAGAGCCUAAUGGGAUCCGUAGCAUCUCAUCAGAUAUGCCAGAUAGUGCCCACAAAACUCCUGCCUUGGGAGUAAAGUCAGAAACUGGGCAGCCUACAAAGGUAGGACGCUUCCAGGUGACAACUACAACGAACAAAGUAGGUCGUUUCUCUGUAUCAAGAACUGAAGACAAGAUUGCUGAGGCAAAGAAAGAGGGACCAAUGGCAUCUCCUCCUUUUAUGGAUUUGGAACAAGCUGUUCUCCCCGCUGUGAUACCAAAGAAAGAAAAGCCUGAACUGUCAGAGCCUUCACAUCUGAAUGGGCCAUCUUCUGACCUGGAGGCCGCCUUCCUAAGCAGGGAUGUGGAUGAUGGUUCAGGUAGUCCACACUCCCCCCAUCAGCUGAGCUCAAAGAGCCUCCCUAUCCAGAAUCUAAGUCAGAGCCUUAGUAAUUCAUUCAACUCCUCUUACAUGAGUAGUGACAAUGAGUCAGAUAUUGAAGAUGAAGAUUUAAAAUUAGAGCUGCGAAGACUACGAGAAAAACAUCUUAAAGAGAUUCAAGACCUGCAGAGUCGCCAGAAGCAUGAAAUUGAAUCUUUAUACACCAAACUGGGCAAGGUUCCCCCUGCUGUCAUUAUUCCCCCAGCUGCCCCUCUUGCAGGGAGAAGAAGGCGACCCACUAAAAGCAAAGGCAGCAAAUCUAGUCGCAGCAGUUCCUUGGGGAAUAAAAGCCCCCAGCUUUCAGGUAACCUGUCUGGUCAGAGUGCCACUUCAGUUUUGCACCCCCAGCAGACCCUCCACCCUCCUGGCAACAUCCCAGAGACUGGGCAGAAUCAGUUGUUACAGCCCCUUAAGCCAUCUCCCUCCAGUGACAACCUCUAUUCAGCCUUCACCAGUGAUGGUGCCAUUUCAGUACCAAGCCUUUCUGCUCCAGGUCAAGGGACCAGCAGCACAAAUACUGUCGGGGGAACAGUGAACAGCCAAGCCGCCCAAGCUCAGCCUCCUGCCAUGACGUCCAGCAGGAAGGGCACAUUCACAGAUGAUCUGCACAAGUUGGUAGACAAUUGGGCCCGAGAUGCCAUGAAUCUUUCAGGCAGGAGAGGAAGCAAAGGACACAUGAAUUAUGAGGGCCCUGGAAUGGCAAGGAAGUUCUCCGCACCUGGUCAGCUGUGCAUCUCCAUGACCUCAAACCUGGGUGGUUCUGCCCCCAUCUCUGCUGCAUCAGCUACCUCUCUAGGUCACUUCACCAAGUCCAUGUGCCCCCCACAGCAGUACGGUUUUCCAGCCCCCUUUGGCACUCAGUGGAGUGGGACAGGUGGCCCAACACCACAGCCACUUGGCCAGUUCCAACCUGUGGGAACUGCCUCCUUACAGAAUUUCAACAUCAGCAAUUUGCAGAAAUCCAUCAGCAACCCCCCAGGUUCCAACUUGCGGACCACUUAGACCUAGAGACAUUAACCGAGUAGAUUUGGGGGCAGGAGAUGGAAUGCUGAGGGGUGGGCGGGAGGGGGGAAUGGGAAAGUAGCCUAUAUACUAACUACUAGUGCUGCAUUUAACUGGUUAUUUCUUGCCAGAAAGGAAUGUUUUUAAUACCGCUUAGAGCCCUCAGAAUUGAGAAUCUCCCUCCCCCUUCACCAUUUAUUGGAGUGGAACAAGAGGGAAAGAGCAGCUUUCUUGUGAUGGGGCGGUUUCAAACUAUGCUUUCCUGUUCUCUACACCCAAUAGCAAGGGCUAGGAAAGAGAAUCAUUUAUCAGAAAGCCACAAGAGAGCUCAGUCCGUGGAACAACCAAACCCCAUCUGGAUUUUCAAGUGGGUGGAGCUCUUAAUGUUGGUACCCACCCCAAAUCCCUUAUUCCCUCAAGAAUCCAAACCACAACACAAAAAAACAAACAAAAAACCUAUUGGGCUCUCUCCUACCCUGUUCCCCCCUCCCUUUUUUUUUUCUUUCUUUGUUUCUUCUUUUGUUUCUUUCUUUCUUUUUGCUCUUUAGAACCCAGUGAAAAACACCAGGGGACUGAGGUUUCAACCCUUUCUUAUGAUAGGUCAUUAGUGCUUUUAAGCAAAUGAUAUUAGCAGCUUUGACUGCAGCAUUAGCAAUUAGGAAAAAAAAUUAAGUUCCCUGCGGACAUGUAACUUUGCCAUCAGUUUUGAUGUGGAAACACUGUGAUAUAUAAAUGUUGUUGGACAACAGUAGUUUUAAGAGUAAAAUACGAAAGGUUUAAAAAGUUGAAAAAAAGCAAGCUCUGUCCUUUACUUAUUGAGACACUUUAGCUUUUUCCUUUGUAUUUCCAUUGUAGUAGAUAAAUAAAUGUGAAUGUAAGAUUGUAUAAAUUACUGUACUUGAAUACUUCUGUUCUCCCAGUAUUGCUUGCUGGAUAUUUUAGUGCCUUGGACUUCUACUGCUUCUGCCAUUAGCACCAACUUCUCAUCAGACCCCAAAUCAGCAGAGGGCGUAUGGAAGGGUAAUAGGUCCAUGUGACCCCAGCAGAGGAUUAUGCCAAAGGGAAACUGAAAGAGUAUUUUUUUUUUCUUUUAAGUCAUUCAAUUUUGUCUAGAGCAGGUGUAAGAUGAGCAGGGUGAGAAGUUAAGUUGACAUCAGUGGUUGAAAGCAGAAAGUUCUGUUUCAGGAACAGUGAGGAGGGGUUUCGUAACAAAAUUGGACAAUUUAAAAGAUUAAGGGUGGUGUGUGAUAAAUGAAGAAAAAGGAAGACUAAGAAUGGGAGAACAAACUCGUUAUGAAGAUAUGUGAUGCCUGGCCUGUGGGUGCCAUAAGCCUUACUUGAGCCAGGCUGGAACAGACAAGACCUAGUAGAAAUGGCUGAAUAUAAAGGGAGUGGGGGCUAGUUUUUAAGUUGGGAAACUGAUAGUGAAGAGUCACAGAUGGAGAAAGUUGCUCUAAGAAAAACUGUAUGGAUUGCUUUCCUCUUGUUGCAAAUGUCUCCUGCAUUUCCCAGCUUGGGGUACUGUAUUUUGUGGAAAGUGGACCCACAUCUGAAUUAAGCAUUGUAAGAGUGCUUAUUCCUACUCAUUUCCUAUGUGAUGUCCAGAUGGUUGCAGAAUCCUAAGUCUGUUGUGCCACCUCUUUUUCUAGAAUUGCAACUGAUAUUCUCACAUUUUCAUAUAAACAAAUACUCCCCUUAAGUAAUAACUGCAACCAAUCAGUAUUAUUUAGUGCUAUGCCUAGUUGUAAUGGGCAGUUCUGUUAUUUUCAGAGCUUUCAGGAAAUACUCCUAAUUGGCUAUGUUUAGAUCUCUGUUAUCUCUGAAGAUGGGGAAAGAAGCUAGAACUCUUAAUUUAGGGGGUGCUUCUUUUCACUUGAGUUGGGAAAUUAACAUAGUUCUGAUCUCUGACCCACCUCAACUGGCACAUCCCAGGAAUCCCCACAAUAGGAAGAGCCUGGUUGGCUGUCCUGUCCUGCCGUUCCUUCAUGGGUCCUGUAUUAAGUUAGCCUAGGUCCCAAAGACGCAAAUGAGAGCUGAAGGUUUAGGAAAGUAGAAAUUAACAGGGGUUCCAAGCCCUACUUCAAAGCUGUUUACUUAUUUAUUCUCUGCUUAAGAUCCUUGGGGAGAUGGUAAGAGUAAGAAUAGAACAAAGAAGGUGCUGAGUAAAUGAGAAACGGACCACCUAAGAUGAAUGAAACUAUACUUUCUACUGGAGGAACGAGGGAACCAAAUGCAGCACAUUAUUUUUUGUUAUUUUGGCUUAAUUUUGAGAUCUCUUCACUUACACACAAAAAGUAAGAACUGGUUUUAUUUACUGUUGAUUUUUCUUCCCUCCUGUGGAUGAAAUAACUGAAGCCUAGAGGAAUGAACUAGCGCUACUGAACUGUUUAAAUUAUUUUUGUGUUAAUAGUACACUUUGAGUAUCUUUUUCCACAUUACAAAAAUCUUUCUGAAUUAUAAAUGUUUUCCUUACAUUAUUUAACAAUGUACACUGUUUAGAAAAACAAAUAAACUAAAUUCAAACCUUGGGGGUUUCUCAGCAGCCGUUAAUUGUACAUUUUGCACUAACUCUGGGUGUUGCGCUUCUUGUAAGAUUGCGCUUUGUGCUUCAGUUUGUUACCUUUGUAGACUUAUUUAAUGAAACCAUUCAAAUAAACCAAACUUGCUUUUGUUGA